GAACGAGUUUCGUUGAUUUAUUCUUACGAUGCAAAAGGUCUCACCUUUAUUACAUGUUAAUUAUUUUUUUAAAGGAUUAAAAGAAGCGUUUAAUUGGACACAUGUAUUUAAUCUCAUUUCAUCAUCUAAAGUUAUUCAAAAAACUUUAUUAAAAAGUUUGGUUUUAAAUGGAAUCGCUUAUUUGGGUAUUCUUAUUAUUUUAGAGACAUUUUAUAAUACACCUGACCAUCAUUUGUUUGGAUAUUCUUAUGCAGAUUUGACAGGCUACCCUUUAUACCUUAUAUGUCUUAUAGUAAAUUCAAGAUUUUACAGUAAAUUUGCCAGUCAUCAAAGAGUUAAUGGUUAUGAUGAUCAUGUUGAUAUACUAACAAGUAUAAAUACUGUGAUAUUAUACAGUAAUUUUGCGUUAUGCAUUACGCUUUUAAAGCAUUUAAUACCCAUCAUAGGGUCUAUUCUUUCAUUUUUUAUUUAUUGUAUUGUGAUGUCCUAUUAUUGCUUUGAAUAUAAAUGGAUUAAUGAACAAGAUUGGACAAUUGAGCAACGCAUGAACUAUACAGAAGAGCAUUGGUCCUAUUUUUUUGGAUUUGGAUUGCCCGCUUCAUCCAUCAUUUUCUUUUUGUCAACAUUAAGAGCGGGCGGUGUAUUUGCAUUGAUUUAUCCUUGUUAUAUCAUGAUGGCCUCAGUAGCUACGCCAGAACCUAUCUAUAAUACCAACACUAUUACUUCAAAUGAUUUAUUUGCUUUACCAGUCAAAAUACCAGCUUUUUCUUUUGUUCGAAUUAUGAAUCAUUGCAUCAUUUCUAUUGUUCAGAAAUUACUUGUAGGCAAUCAUAAGGGAACAGAGAUUUUUGAAAAUAAAAAAGAGCAUUUUGGAAAACUAGUGUAAAAAAUAAAAUUUAUAUAGUUCUCGUCUAUAUCAUUAUAAAGAUGUCUAUUUUUUACUUAGUCAUAAAUCUUGCAUUUCUCAAUAAAUUGUAUAAAAACACAUUGAUAAACAUUGUUUGAAGACAAACUUUACAGUUUUUUUUAUUAAUUGGGGGGUAUAUUCAACCAACAAAUAUAUACUAUGAUGCCUUAAACUUCAAAAUUAGUCCCUAAUGUAGACAAUUAUAAUUACAUGAUGAUUUC